UUGGUACAAGUAUCAGCGGAGAAAGCCAAGAAAGAAGACGACCCACACACACACGCGCGCGCACACACAAAUCCUCUUUUCUCUCACCAGUAAGCUUCCAAAACUGCCGGCCAUGGACGGCAGAAGAAGCUUCUCUAUCUCCUCCUCUUUUUUCACGAUCUUUUCUCUGCCAUGGAAUCCAUUUGUCAAUCACCCAAAAACCCAACACUUUUCUAGUCCUCAAAAGCAAUGGGCUGCGUUCAAGCCAAGUCCUCUUCCACAAAGUCCCCACCUGGAAACCUUCAGAAAAUGAAAAUGGCAAAUGGGUAUGUGGGGAAAAAGGUUGGGCUUUUGGGUCCCAGGAGAUCAACGGGUCAGAGAUAUGAUGAAAGAGAGUAUGAUGGGAGAUUUGGGGACAAACCCAGCGAAGGAAGUUUUGAAGAUGGGAAAAAUAAUGAUAAUGAUAAUAAUGGGAAGUUGAUUGGCAGAGAGGAAGAGAAGGGUGUUAAUGGCGGGAAUGUUUCGAGGAGGAUUUCCAUGGAGGAUGAGGAAUUGGCUCAAGGAUGGCCAAAAUGGUUGCUUGAUAAUGUGUCUAGGAAGGUGUUGGCUGGGUUGGUUCCUAAGAGUGCUGAGUCUUAUGAUAAGCUUGCUAAGGUGGGUCAGGGAACCUAUAGCAAUGUGUAUAAAGCUCGAGAUAGGGACACUAGAAAAAUUGUUGCCCUAAAGAAAGUUCGCUUUGAUACAUCAGAACCCGAGAGUAUUAGGUUUAUGGCCCGAGAGAUUACGAUAUUAAGGCAGCUGGAUCAUCCAAAUGUAAUGAAACUUGAAGGUUUGGCCACCUCAAGAAUGCAGUACAGUCUUUACCUUGUUUUUGAUUUCAUGCAGUCAGAUUUGGCAAGACUAAUUUCCCGCCCUGAAAGGCUUACUGAACCACAGAUCAAGUUCUAUAUGCAUCAACUACUUUCAGGUCUGCAGCACUGCCAUAGUAGAGGAAUUUUGCAUCGAGACAUCAAAGGCUCGAACUUGUUGAUUGACAAAAAUGGAACGCUAAAAAUUGCAGAUUUCGGACUCGCAAAUCAUUAUACUCCAAACCAGAAGCAUGCUCUCACUAAUCGAGUCGUGACACUUUGGUAUCGAGCUCCCGAGCUGCUGUUGGGUGCUACUAAUUAUGGAGCGGGCAUCGAUCUUUGGAGUGCCGGAUGCCUCUUGGCAGAGAUGUUCUCAGGGAGACCAAUCAUGCCCGGUAGGACUGAGGUUGAGCAACUCCACAGGAUUUUCAAGCUCUGUGGCACACCAUCAGAGGAAUACUGGAAAAAGUUGAAGCUAUCGACAACCUUCAGGCCUCCGCAAAUGUACAAACCCAGUCUAGUGGAGACUUUCAGUGAUUUCCCUGCAUCCUCUUUGGGUCUGUUGAAAACUCUUCUUUCUUUGGAUCCUGCAUAUCGCGGUUCUGCAUCUUCAGCUCUCCAAAAUAAAUUCUUCUGCACAAGGCCGUUGGCUUGUGACCUUUCUGGUUUACCUGUAAUCCACAAUGAUGAGGAUGAACUGGAUCAAGCCAAUGAAGCAAAGAAGAACCGGAAGGACAGAUAUAGGCGAUCUCGAACGCAUCGUGAGCUCAGGAGAAGAGAUUUAUCUGCUGAGAAAACCGAAAAUUCUCCUACUUCCAAAGAAGAAAAAGUGGUGGUGAAGAAUCCCGAGCCCCAGUCGAGCGUUCAAACGGAAGAGCAAAGUAGCAGUACGAGUAGUAGUAACUUCUCCGGUGUAAACCUGGCUAGACAUAUAGAGACAAGUAGCCCCACUACUAGUACUGCCUCUUCUAGUUUAAACUCGGGUAAACAGAAAGAAAGGCCACUGUUCUCGGUCUCUCCGGUUAGACAUUCUAAUCAGAAGAUGCCAUUAAGAACCCAAAGGUAUUCGGACGCUCGCGAGAAGGACAAGAAAUUGCCUCCUUUACCCACCAAGCCUAAAAUACGCAUCAUCGAUUACAGCAAAGAAAACAAGGUAAAGAAGGAGAAUCAAAUCCACAGGUCAACAUCCACAAGAGAGUUUAGAAGUCUAAAUCAAAAGGAACAUUUAAAACUCUAUGUUGUUGAUGAUUAA